GUUAUCCCCGGCGGUAACCAUUGUACGCAUAUCUAUAUAUUGCCUAUUGCAGGUAUGGCAGAAGUAGCAGACAGUAUAUUAGCUAUAUAGUGGGUGUCGUCUCUUCUCAUCUCACGUAUCCAACGCAUGUGACGAUGUAUCGCAACUCGUAACGUCGUAACGACGUAUACGUCAAACGUCAAAGCAUUUUUGUUAUGACCGCAGGAAUGCAGUUUUCUCAUGGUUCAACCGGUAUACGGUUUUAAUGUGAGAGACUGAUAUGCUGCAUUUCUCCUGAACAUAAAAUCCGUGACGGAUAUGCUUAUCGUCAAUGUAUAUAUAGAUUUGUUCCAUGUUUCUUCGGGCUGAGGAUCAGAGUUUUUUCAUCAAGACGUACGGUCGUACGUAACACCGAGUCCUGGAACACAGUGGAUACAUGGAACAGCAGGAUCAUGGAAGCGAGCUACGACGAAGACCUGUCGGAAAAUUCUUUUUUACAAGUUCUUCGUCAAGAGUAUCCCUCUAUCUUUGAAAAAGCAGUCAGCGAAGGUUUAGUCAUUUGCGUACCAAGAUGCGGAACCUUUACCAAAUCUGCGCUUGUCGAAGACGACUUCCUCAGUCAUAUUCUUAUACCAGACAGGGACAAUUCUAGUCCUCGCUUCCACACUUUAGCUGGCAAAGAGAUAAAGGUUUCCAAUCGUGUGCUCACUGUCGAAUAUGACAUUGCCAAACCGUGUUCGGCUCAUCUAUUAUUUGAAGAAACUUUCUACACGGACAGACGCUUAAAAUAUUCUUUAUGGUGUAUAGAGCAUCCUUUGGAGCGGAGUAUCUCAGCUUCUAGAGACGAUGUUUUCGUAGUGACGAACCUUCGCGAAGCUCUGGAUCUUCUUUGGACAGAAGUAUUUAACAAGGAUAUAAUAAAGGAAAUGACAAUGGCAAUCGAGGAAUUCCAAGAGCGUCAUGAAGACUUGGAGGACUUGAUGGUCGACACUCAGCGUGAUCUUGUAGGUCGACUUUAUGCAAGAAACUUACGAAUGCUAUUGCAGGACAUACGUUUGCGCGAAAAGACCGAAUCAAAUCGUCAUUUUCUUCGAACAAUCAAAAUUGCCACUGAAACCUACACGCUUCACGGUUUGCGAAAUGUUUUGCCACGCUCCGUGGCGGCGAGAACCUCCUAUGAGGACGCCUUGCUGAACAAAACUAUCAAAAACCUUCAUGAUGUACAAUUGCGUGAUUUGGGAGUACGCUCAGAUACGUAUGAUGGAAUAUUACGGGGUAAACUGGAAUUAUCACGGCUCACACUAAACUCAACGGUUUUGGGCAAAGUAGGCUGUUUAAAAAAAGCUAUACGUUACGUAACGGAGCAGGGUACGAGAAACCGCCUCGUAUCCACCGAUGACAUACUUCCCGUACUGAUUUUUCUUGUUAUAAGAGCAGGUGUACCAAAUUGGAUCGGCCAAUUGACGUUCAUGAGGCAAUUCCGUUUUUCCACUGACUCAACGAAUAACGAGACUGACGAAGCUGGUUUUUUAAUAACUAGUUUAGAAGCUGCGAUCGAGCACGUUAAAUCGGGAGUACUCAAAGCUACGACGGCCGACUAUUCAGAAAUUUUUACGGAAAAUAAAAAUUACGAUCACUCGACGAAUUCAUUCAAUCGCAAACCGGAAGACGAUACAAUCUCAUUGGCAAAUUUAUUCUCGGCGAUCAGACAAUCGAAUUUGACUGAAGUCGAUAGAAUACUCGGGCAGUCGGGGAGUUGUUCGAAAACAUGCGCUACCGAGGCGUUAAAGCUCUGUCAUCCUCUAUGCACGUGUGAAACAUGCGAGAGGCGAAUCGCUGGUGCGUCGCUAACCCAUUUACCAACUGUUCAUUCACGGGAUGAUCGUGGAAUGACUGCGAUCCACGUUGCUUCGUUGUGCGGUCACGUGAACGUGGUCGAUUAUCUUCUGGAGCACGAGGCUGAUCCAAACGACUCGGAUGCCGAUGGGACAACUCCGUUGCAUUGCGCAGCAUCGCGAGGUCACCAAAAUACUCUUCUGCUUCUGUUGCACGCAAAUGCUGAUCCAACGAUAACCGAUUCGCGAGGAAAUACACCGCUUCAUCUCGCUUCGGACCACGGACACGAAGGCUGCGUCAAAGCCAUCAUCUAUUUUACCGAACAAAUGGCUAUCCCUAUGAAAAAAAGUCCAGCCAAUUCGAACGGUGAGACGCCUCUGCACCACGCUGCCAAAUGGGGCUAUGACAACAUCGUCGAGAUUCUUAUGGAACACGGUGCAAAUCCUCGUGCAACCAAUCGUCGUGGACAAACUCCCCUCGUAGUUGCCCAUAAUUCCCGGGUCUCAAAACUUUUGCAAACUCCACCCAACGUUCGAUUAUCCAAUUAUGUUUCUACGUACCCCCUUGGAAUAAAAAUCCCCAACAAAGCCCCUAAUUUUCAGAGAACCUUAGCAAACAAUUCGCGAAGAUCGAACCCCAGUCGAAAAGUCCACAGGCUCCUGGCUGCUGUAGUCGAAAAUGAUGUAAGAUUAGCCUGCUUCUAUCUUGGUCUCGAUGCUCCUUUCCCCAAAACUUCCAUCAACCAUCAGUCUCCUGCUCUCUGUCAUCCUCUCUGCAACUGCGAUCGAUGCAAUGGUUGUGAUGACUGCACGUCGAAUGAGGGAUUGAGCGACGCUCUUGAGAAAACUCAGAGUUUAGGAUUGAACAUUUCCAACGAGAGCAACGAAACUGCUCUUCAUGUCGCAUGCGAUCACGGGCAUACGGAAAUGGUGGAGAUUCUCUUGGAUGCAGGGGCGAGUAUUAAUUUGAAAACGAUCAAUGGUCGUACUCCUCUCCAUCUCGCGUCUUCCAGAGGCUGGAUUAAAAUCGUCAAAUUAUUGCUCAAUUGUGGUAAUUGCGACAUCAAUGCCAUCGACGUCCUCGGGGAUACUUCGCUUCAUCUCGUCGCAAGAAGCGGUAAUGUCAGAAUAGUACAAUUACUCAUCAGAUAUGGAGCGAGUACGAAUAUACGUAAUUCCAGAGGCAUUACUCCUUUGGAGGAAGUUGAAAAAAUUUCCUCCAGUGAUAUAUUUAUGACAGAGUCAUAUUCUAACGUUGUCAAAAUACUGAAAAAUAAUCGAGCCACGAAUACUUGUAAUUACGAAAUAGAAUGACCAGGUUGAAAAUAAUCAAAAAAAUAACAGAAUUCAACUUUGCCAUAUAUCUGUUCAAAUUAGCAAAGUGCUUCCCAUUGUUUCUUCACAAUAUAAUUAGAAAUUUUUUUUUUAAACUUCAAUAUUUCACAAUCAACAGAUCUUCUACACACGAGAAUCGCGAAAAAACAUGAACUUUUUCGGGAGAAAACUCGAUUUUUUAGUCAUUAAAAUACUUUUGUGGAAAUGAUUCAACGUCCACAUUUGAUUUUUGGAUACUUUGGAAAUCAAGUGAAUUUUGCUCUUCAUUAUUCAUACGAAUUACGGAGAGCCACGAGCCUGUAAUAGCCCGUUGAUAGUAUCGCUUGUGAAAUAUUGAGAUUAAUGUACACCACACUAUUAUUUACAACUUGCCCAUAAGAGUUAAUAUAUAAAGUUUACAAUAUAUAUAUAUAUAAAUAAAUCUCUAUUCUCAAAUAUA